AUGUGGCCCGGCCAGGCCAUGACCCUCAAGGUCAAGAAGGUCAUUCACCAUGAGAAGUCCCAGUACCAGGAUGUCCUCAUCUUCGAGUCCACCGACUACGGCAUGGUCCUGGUCCUGGACAACGUCAUCCAGGCCACCGAGCGUGACGAGUUCUCCUACCAGGAGAUGAUUACCCACCUGGCCAUGAACUCCCACCCCAACCCCAAGAAGGUCCUCGUCAUCGGCGGCGGCGACGGCGGUGUCCUCCGCGAGGUCGUCAAGCACGAGUGCGUCGAGGAGGCCAUCCUCUGCGACAUUGACGAGGCCGUCAUCCGCCUGUCCAAGCAGUACCUCCCCAACAUGGCCGUCGGCUUCGAUCACCCCAAGUCCAAGACCCACGUCGGCGACGGCUUCAAGUUCCUCGAGGAGUACAAGAACACCUUUGAUGUUAUUAUCACCGACUCCUCCGACCCCGAGGGCCCUGCCGAGUCCCUCUUCCAGAAGCCCUACUUCCAGCUCCUCCACGACGCCCUGAGGGAGGGCGGUGUCAUCACUACCCAAGGUUCCGAGAACCAGUGGCUCCACAUGCCCCUCAUCUCCAAGCUCAAGAAGGACUGCAAGGAGAUCUUCCCCGUCGCCGAGUACGCCUACACCACCAUCCCCACCUACCCCAGCGGCCAGAUCGGCUUCAUGGUCUGCACCAAGGACGCCGGCCGCAACGUCAAGGAGCCCCUCCGCAAGUGGUCCGCCGAGGAGGAGGAGAAGCUGUGCAAGUACUACAACGCCGACAUCCACAAGGCCGCGUUCGUCCUGCCCAACUUUGCCAAGAAGGCUCUCGAGUAA